CUGAUUUACUGCAACUGGUGGAGUUUUUGUUCGUUUUAAAACAUGUACCAAGACUAACACCGCAUCCACAGAAUCCCUGCCAAACUCACAGGAAACGGCUAUAGGGAUUUAGUGAUAUGUAAUUGUGGCUUUGUGAAGCAUAAAUAGCCAUUAAGCCUAUAAGGGCUGAGUUGUAGUUACCCCAUACGGUUUUAUCUUAUGUAAUGGAUUUUAAAUAUACUUUUCUUACACUUGACGUUUAAAUGAGAUUAACUGUAAAACAUGAUGACAUUAUUUCGCUUUGACCACACUUUGUUGACCACACUUGUUAGAAGUUUCCGUUGUUUUUUUUUUUUUUUUUUUCACUUUUAUUUUUAUGGUUUCUUGCAAAAGUGGCUGUUAUUCUACAGCAGCUGCUGAGACUACGUGCCUGGAAAUUUUGGGAAAAGCAGGAAUGAGUGCGGGGAAAAGUUUGAGGGGGAGACGGUGAACUUCCUCUGUGCGCUGCCACGUCUGAGCCCCGGUCUCCAGCUCCACUUCCUCGGAAGCUCUGCUGCCUGGAAAGCCCACGAAGGAAAGACACGCAAUUAACGGUCUAACAUGCUGCCCAGACUCCUGUCCUCCUCCUUCUGUCUUCUAAUUUCUCUCCAAGUUCUCCUGCUACAAGGCAGCGACACUAAUUCAUCCAAAAAACCUGCUGCCCCAGCCAGCCCCUCACCUCAUCUGCCUCCUUCUCUGGGUGACCCAAGCUGGGCUCUGGGUCUGCGCCUGUACAAGGCCAUCCGCUCUGAUUCAAGCUUGGUCAACACCAUCUUCUCCCCUCUCCUCUUGGCCUCCUCGUUUGGAGCAUUGGGUGAAGGCUCUGUGGGUAAAACUGCCACCCAGAUCCAGAAUCUCCUCACAUACCCAUCCCCCUCUAAGAAGGCGGUUGAAGGAGUCGGAGAGCUUCUGUCUGGGUCGCUGAAGAGUUUCACAGAAGCUAACGGAACCAGCUUUCAGCUCCACACAUCUUCAGCACUGUUCACCAAGCAGGCCCCUGCAGUCAGCCAGACAUUUAAAAAGAAAAGCCAGACCAAGUUUGGGGUGUUGCACCAGACGCUGGGGAAAGGAGACUCAAAGGCUGACCUGAAGCAGCUCCGUGAUUGGGCUAAGGAUGGCCUCCGUGGGCUGGAAGGUGCUCGAUUGGAGGCAGAAAUCAAGGCUAAAGCAGGAGCCCUGAUCCUGGGAAAUGUCCUGCGCUUCAAAGGACUGUGGGAGAGACAGUUCAGUGAGGAGACUAUAGAUCGGCGUAUCUUCUUGGGGACAAAAUACACCAAAGUGGUGAUGAUGCACAGAGCAGGUUUGUACCGUUUUUAUGAAGACACUGACAACAUGGUACAAGUUCUGGAGGCACCUCUGUGGGGAGGCAAGGCCAGCUUUGUGCUCCUGCUGCCCUUUCAUGUAGAAAGUCUGGCUAGGUUAGACAAGCUGCUGACCCUGGAGCUGUUGUCAAAGUGGCUGGAGAAGACCAGUGUUACCAGUGUGGCCAUCUCAAUUCCCAAGGCGAACAUCAGCAGCACAUUCAGUCUACAGAAACAGUUGUCCUCUCUGGGCUUGACCGAUGCCUGGGACCAGAAGGUGGCCGACUUUUCUGGGGUGUCAGAGAAGGGCAAAGGGAAGCUUCAUCUUGCUGGUGUCCUUCACUGGGCUUCCCUGGAGCUGGCUGCUCAGGCUGGAAAAGAGGAAGCAAAACUGGAGGAAGAGAACAUAGCAGGGCCCAAGCUUUUCUACGCCGAUCACCCGUUCAUUAUCUGUGUUAGAGACAACACCACCGGAGCCCUGCUGCUUAUAGGAGCUCUAGAGCACGUAGAGGGAGAGGCCUUUCAUGAUGAAUUGUAGACUCUCUCCUCACUUUGUGUCUUUUCUUGUCUCUUCUCCUUUACACAUCCCUCUCAGAGUCUCCUCGUUGGUUUCUAAAUGGAGACAUUGUCAUUCACUGUAGCACGCUAUCACAGCAGUCUAUGCCUGGCUGUCAAACACUGACACUGCAAAGUUUUACUCCGACUGACACGACACUGCCGUACCUGACACUUACACAGAGCAACACCUACACCGCAUGUAUAAAUGAUAAUACUGUACCAGACAUUACUGAAGCUGACGGAUGCAGCAAAAGCUUGAUGGAGUUUCUGUUCCUACAGGAGCGCCCACUCACACAUACACGCACAUUCAAGGACUCAAUGAUCAAGUCAACACAAACCGACAAGCAAGAGCGCACUGACAAACGCUAGCGAGCCGACAAGCAGAAGCGGUUAAACACAACGUCCAGCAGCCUCAACAGAGAAGCUCGCAUUGACAUCUCCCUGGCAAACAUAUACCAAGCCAGGUGUGUGUGUUGACCGACAGAUUGAGGGUGACCGUGUGGCCACUCUCUGAGCUGCCAAGGACCUGUGGUGGGGUCCCCUGGGCUGCAUCUGAGGAAGAAUGAUGGAUCGGCCAAGUGCUUAUUGAUGAGCCAGCUUGAUGCUAAUGACUAUAAUGCGUUAGAGCGCUUGUCAACAGCGCGGAGAGGACGGGAAACCUUUUAAUCUCCUAAUGCCAUCAGUGAUCAGCGACACCAUUCUCUUAGAAACAAACAUGACUGACACUGUUUGAUUACAACGCAACAACUUUAUCUUUAGAAUAAUUACAGGAGGUUGAAGAUUUAUUGAUUAGGCCAUUUUUUAUGUUAAAUAAUCCUGUUUGCUUUUUAAUAUCACGAUCUUCCCUAAUGAUCAAUCAAUCAUUAGGACUGACACAGCUCCAUCCUUCUGACAGCACAGAUGUAGGAUUAAACAGGAUGCUAUUUGUAUUUUUUUUUUUUUUUACUUGUACCAGGAGAAGAAUUGGCUACCACUGAGCUGUGAAAGUGCAUGAGAGUAGAUUUAAAGCCCUGAACAAGCAUUAGUUACUGAGUUUCACUGGCAAUACAUGACAGACUUGGAGUGCAGAGGAAGUGUAGCAUCAACAUUGUCAACAAAUUCG